CGCUUGGAAGUCGGUGUCGCCGCCCUCCCUGCCGCCGCCCGCGCGUCCGACGCCGGGGCCACCGCCACUGUCUCUGAGUUCGCCAUGCGUCCCGGGGCGCUCGGGCCACUGUGGCCACUGCCCUGGGGGGCCCUGGCUUGGGUCGUGGGCUUCGUGGGCUCCAUGGGCUCAGGGAACCCCGCGCCCGGUGGUGUCUGCUGGCUCCAGCAGGGCCGAGAGGCCACUUGCAGCCUCGUGCUGAAGACCGAUGUGAGCCAGGCUGAGUGCUGUGCUUCCGGCAGCAUCGACACUGCCUGGUCCAACUUCACCCACCCCGGGAACAAGAUCAGUCUCCUGGGCUUCUUGGGCCUCGUCCACUGCCUCCCCUGCAAAGGUCCUGGCAGGCACAGGGAACAGACGCUGCCGGUCCUCCCCAGACCCGCGCCUGGACGGGGUGGAGCCCCCUACCCCACCCCUGAGCUGACGCAGCCGGGGCCCCCCGCCCGCCUUCCCAGAAACGCAAAACAGGGGGCGGGGGCGCCGUGGGCUCAGAGGACCGCUGGCCACGCGCCUCAGCCCACGCGCGCGCGUCGUGCGUCCGCAGAUUCGUGUGAGGGCGUGGAGUGCGGCCCCGAAAAAGCGUGCCGCAUGCUGGGGGGCCGCCCGCGCUGCGAGUGCGCGCCCGAAUGCGCGGAACUCCCCGCGCGCCUGCAGGUCUGCGGCUCGGACGGCGCCACCUACCGUGAUGAGUGCGAGUUGCGCGCCGCGCGCUGCCGCGGCCACCUGGAUCUGCGCGUCAUGUACCCGGGCCGCUGUCGCAAGUCGUGCGCGCACGUGGUGUGCCCGCGGCCGCAGUCGUGCGUAGUGGACCAGACUGGCAGCGCCCACUGCGUGGUGUGUCGUUCAGCACCCUGCCCCGCGCCCUCCAGCCCUGGCCAGGAGCUCUGCGGCAACAACAACAUCACCUACGUGUCCUCGUGCCACCUCCGCCAAGCUACCUGCUUUCUGGGCCGCUCCAUUGGCGUGCGCCACCCGGGCAGCUGCACAGGCAUCCCCGAGAGGUCAGAUGCAGAGUCAGAGUCAGAGGAGGAGAACUUCGUGUGACCUGCAGGGCGGCCUGAGCCUGGCAUUCAAGGCCUCCCAUUUUAUUUAUUGCCAUAGCAGAGCCUAAUUUAUGUCUCAUGGACACUCCCCAGAGCCUGGACCGGACCACUGGGGAAGCCAUGGACACACACACACACACACACACACACACACACACAUACACACGAUAUCUUGGAAGGAUUAGGAGAUGGUGGCCUGGGAGUGGUGCUGGUGGGUGGGGCCCUGUCCGCAGGCACCCUACAGCCCAGGAGAACAUCACGUUUCUGCUCUCUUCAGAAUAGCUAUUAACUAUAGACACCACUGAGAGGGCUGGAGAUUCUCUGCCAGCAAUUAAUGAAAAGGCAUCCCAGCCUUCUAGAACAGGGACUAGGAGUGAGGAGGGGGUCCACAGCCUGGGUGUAUAUAGAUGAAUAUGCCCAGACCCAGCACAGGCCAAGAAAGCAGCCUCUGUUGCCUACCAGCCCAAGAAUCCAGGGCUUUCCUUCCCUACUGCUUCCAUUUAGCCAGUAGGUCCUGUGAAGGCCCCUGAGAAAAGCCUAGUUUGUCCCCUGGGCGGGGGGGCACUAUCUGUGCCUCCUGACACAGGCCUCCUAGCAUAGAGCCACCAGCAUCAGCUAGAACAGGGCACUAUGUCCAGUGGUGCCCAAUCUACUGAGGGUGGGACCCAGGAGCCCCUGCUCACCCACUGACCCAGGUGGGGUGUAGAUGCCAAGGCCUUCUGGAGUCAUGUGUCUGAGCAGCACCUCUAGUACCCGCUGCCCUGUCCACAAGUGAGGUCCAGACCCAGGCCCCCUCAGUGCCACCAAACCUGCCCUUGCUGGGCCUCUAGGCCCAGUUCCCAGCUGGACCCUCCUCACCCACUAGCCAGGCUCAGGGGUUUCAACCCCCACCCAAUGCUGGCCUAGGGCCAAUUCCCUCCAUUCUUCCUGGGCAAUUGCUCAAUGCCAACCCCCCCUCCCCCCUCCCCCACCUUCAUGUAGACCAGUAGCUCUGACCAGAUGUGGAGACCCUACAGGGCAGGGACCCUGCUCCUCAGAUUUGGGGCAAGGAGCACAGGGGGACAGUGUACUCACCCUCUCCUAGCCCCCAGGAAGUGCCUUAUGUGUGACACCCAGAAAAGUGCCCUUGAGUAGUGGGUUUGCCCAAGCCCCCUGGACAAGGCAACCUCCCCUGCCCUGGGGUCCUGCCUCACCAAAGAAAUAAAGACUGUAAAAAGCCA